CUUUAAAAUGCCAAGGCCAAAAGAAAGAAAAAAAGAAAAAUGCUUAAUAUAUCUUUAUUAUUAGUAAAUUUAUUAAUAUUUGUAAUUAUCAAUCUAUAAUGCAGUUGACAAUUAUGAAUUACAUAUGUUACUUAUGAUUUACAAAGACUUGGCAAACCGUUCUCAAAAUCAUUAAAUCUGUAGAGAGAGCUUCAAUACUUAUUUUAAAAUUAUAGUUUGUAGAAUAGUGAUGAUUAAUUUAGGGAAUAUGGGGUGAAUAAAUAUUCAAUAAAUUUGCUCAUAAAUAAGAAGAUUACAUGAGUUUUGAAGAAUUUCUUA